UACUCAUUAAUGUGCAAAACCCUCUCCCUCUCCCAGUGUCACUCCGCCCACUAGGCUACUCAGUUCCAUGCAGCACGGAAACAAAGAAAGAAGAAGAAGAAGAAGACCGAUCUGGUUCAUCGUCCCAGAGCUGAAGCAUGACCCGUCGUGUGGCAGUGAUCGGAGGAGGAAGUUCAGGUCUGGCCUGUAUCAAGUGCUGCCUGGAUGAGGGGCUGGAGCCUGUCUGCUACGAAAGCAGUGAUGACAUCGGUGGUCUGUGGAGGUUUAAGGAGAAUCCAGAGGCAGACAGGGCCAGCAUCUACCACUCUGUCAUCAUCAACACCUCCAAGGAGAUGAUGUGUUUCAGUGACUUUCCCAUCCCCGCGCACUUCCCCAACUACAUGCACAACUCCCUCAUCAUGGACUACUUUCGAAUGUACGCUGACCGCUUCCAGCUCACCAAGCACAUUCGCUUUAAUACCAAAGUCUUGCAGGUGAAGCAGAGAUCUGAUUUUUCUAAUUCGGGCCAGUGGGAUGUCGAGACGGAGAACAAGGAUGGCAAAAAGGAGAAACAUAUUUUUGAUGCUGUGAUGAUCUGUAUUGGACAUCACUGUCACCCCCACAUGCCUCUGCAUGACUUCCCAGGAAUUGAGACUUUCAAGGGAAAGUACUUCCACAGCAGAGACUACAAGACUCCUGAGGAGUGGAGGAAUAAAAAGGUUGUAGUGAUUGGAAUAGGAAACUCUGGAGGAGACAUAGCAGUGGAACUGAGCAGAGUCACCAAGCAGGUGUUCCUGAGCACGCGAAGAGGAGCGUGGGUUUUGAACCGAGUCGGGAACAACGGGCUGCCCUUAGAUAUGCAGUUUAACAGGGUGACAAAUACUCUGAGCAGCUUCCUCCCGUUCGGUGUUUUCUGUAGUGUAGGAGAGAGACAGAUCAACCGCAGAUUUGAUCACGCUCUGUACAAUCUUAAGCCAAAGCACAGGUUGUUCAGCCAACAUCCCACAGUGAAUGAUGAGCUGCCAAACCGAAUCCUUUCUGGAACAAUUCAGGUGAAACCCAACAUCCGCAGGUUUCAGGGCUCCAGUGUGGAGUUUGAUGACGGAAACGUUGUGGAAGAUGUGGACCUGGUGGUGUUUGCCACAGGUUACAGGUUUUCCUUUCCGUUCCUGGCCUCACAUGUGCUCUCAGUAUCUGAGAACAAAACAUCUCUAUACAAGUAUGUGUUUCCUCCUGAGUUGGACCGCCACACUCUGGCUAUCAUUGGUCUAGUGCAGCCACUGGGAGCCAUUAUGCCCAUCUCUGAGAUGCAGGCCAGAUGGGCCACACGUGUCUUUAAAGGCUGUAUCAAGCUUCCCUCAGUGGCUUCCAUGCUAAAAGAUGCCCAGUGCAAGCAGGAGGAAAUGGCUAAACGAUACGUCACCAGUCAGAGACACACCAUCCAGGUUGACUACAUCAACUACAUGGAUGAGCUAGCAGAGCUGGUGGGGGUUCAACCUAAAAUCCCCCGGCUGCUGCUGACUGAUAUCCGGCUGGGACUAAAAGUAAUGUUCGGUCCCUGCACGCCUUACCAGUAUCGUCUCAGAGGGCCGGGGAAAUGGGCAGGAGCCCGUCAGGCCAUCUUCACUCAGUGGGAGAGAGUGGCUGAACCCAUGCAGACCAGAUCCUGUGUUGAGCCCAAACCCAAGAGAUCGUUUACGUGGCCUCUGGUUCUGUCAGCUGCCGCUGUGGGCUUGGCUGCCUACGUUAACUGGAACAACCUUCCAGCUUUCCUUCAAGAUCCCACUGCCCUGUUGGACAAGAUAAAAGUACACCUGCAUGCAAAGUGAUGUGCAAUUAAUAUUUAAUUAAUUAUCUGAUUUGAUUAUGACUGUAUAAUACAUUCUGGCUUUCUGGUAGGAUUAAUAAACUGCAUAGAUUGCAUGAUAUAGUGACUGCAGCUGUGAUAUAAAAUAUACAACAUGUCCCUAAUGUCAGUGUAACACCAGACAAGAGGUAAAUAAUUAAGUAAAAGUAGCCUAUGUCAAAAUUGUACUCAAACACAGUUGGACUACUUCAAGAAAUAUACUUUAUGUUCCAUCUCCAGGCUGAACCUUUAAAUAAGAUAAUGCCUAUAUUAGUCAAUUAACCACCUAAUGGCAGCUUCAGAACCCAGCUGAUGUUUGGCUUGAGAAAACUACAUGAAGCAAUGUAUUGUAGUCCUUUAUUGUGUCUCACUGAGUCAUACUGGGGGUCAUGUGAUUAAAGCUCUCCAUCUGGUUGGUUUUCUUUC